AUGGGUUUUGCUGAGAUUGCUUUGGCUGUCUGCGUUUUGUGCAUAUUAAGACGGGACGGCUCGGCCGGCUCCAAUCGCUCGGGGAAGAGUCCGCCCACGCCCUCCCUCCCUCCCGCGCCGCCCAUUGGACCGCCGCGCUGCCUUUCCAGGGCCCCCUGCCUCGCCAUUGGCCAGGGCGGCUCCUCCCCUGGCCGCCUGGCUCCUGGUGCAGCUGCGGAGCUGCGGGGCGAGGAUUGCGCGGCUGCAGCCCGGAGCGGCGGGGCGCGCGCCUGCCAUCUUUGCACCAGCAAGAGCUGUAGUACCACCUCUAGCUGCCCGACAGAUGCCCCACCAGUACUGGGGAUGAUGAUCCCAGAAGAGGAGAGUCCCCCAGCAGGGGAACCCAACGAGGACGGAGAUGGAGGCUUCCCGCCGCUGCUUUGUUCCUCCGAGAGCGGCAGCGUACGAAAGGGUUGUGACCCUCUGAUCCAGACGCAGCGUAGCAAACUGCAACACCGCCGGGCACGAAUUAACCAGCAGAUCAACAAGGAGAUGAGGAUGCGUGCAGGGGCAGAAAACCUCUUCAGGGCCACCAGUAACCACAAAGUAAAGGAAACGGUUGCUUUGGAACUCAGUUUCGUCAAUUCGAACCUGCAGCUUCUGAAGGAAGAGUUGGAGGAGCUGAACAGCUGCAUGGGGGCUUACCAGAAUGACAGUGACUCCAUUAGCGUUCCCAUGAUCCCACUGGGGCUGAAGGAAACCAAGGAACUGGAUCUAGCGGGACCAUUACAGGAGAUGAUUCGGGACCACUACAGCGAGGACAGUGCCUUAUACGAGGCCGAGAUCAAAGAGUUUGUGGAGUUACGGCAGGCCAUGCGGACUCCCAGCCGAAAUGAGGCAGGCCUGGAGCUGCUCAGGGAAUACUACAGCCAACUUUACUUUCUCGACAACCGUUUCUUCCCACCCAAUAAGAACUUGGGAGUCUUCUUCCACUGGUACGACUCGCUGACCGGAGUCCCUUCUCACCAGCGGGCCCUGGCCUUUGAGAAGGGGAGCGUGCUCUUCAACAUCGGGGCGCUGCACACCCAGAUUGGAGCCCGACAGGACCGUGCUGCCUCGCAGGGAGUGGAGUGCGCCAUCGAUGCGUUCCAGAAGGCAGCUGGAGCCUUCAACUACCUGAAGGAGAACUUCUCCAACGCCCCCAGCCUGGACAUGAGCGCUGCCUCCCUGAACAUGCUGGUGCGCCUGAUGAUCGCCCAAGUGCAGGAGUGCGUCUUCGAGAAGGCCCUCCUUCUCCGGGCCCAGAGCAACUUCCUCACCUGCCUGCAGCUGGCGCAGGAAGCAGCCAGGGUGGACGAGGUUUACUCUUUGGUGUAUCAGACCAUGACCCAGCCCCACGUGAAAGACUAUGUCCCGUUCUCGUGGACCACCAUGGUGCAUGUCAAGGCGGAGCAUUUCAAGGCCCUCUCACACUACUACACCGCCAUCGCCCUUUGCGACUGCCCGCCUGCAUCUGACGCGGACCUCCCAGACCACGAAAAAGCCUUUCUCCAGUUGCACAUCAGCGUGCCGGAGGGGCCAGCCCUCGGCCAGCUCCUGCAAGACUCAGAGGAGCGAAGAAAACUGGGGAAGGCACAUCUCAAGAAGGCCAUCAUGCGGCACGAGGAAGCCAUGCGCCUGCACAGCCUCUGCAAGAUCCUGCGGAAGAUGGACAUUCUCCAGGAGGUUCUGUCCUUCGCCCACAAGCGCUCGCUCAGCAAGUAUGCGGAGAUAGACCACGAGGAGGACUUCUUCGAAACCGUGGAUGCGCCCGACGUCCACCCCAAAACACACCAGAGACCGGAAAUCAAACCCCCCAACUUCUCCAAGGUGAAGGUCAUGGACAUCUUCCAUAGACUGGGGCCGCUGUCCGUUUUCUCCGCCAAGAACAAGUGGCACCCCCCGCGGACAGCUCUUCUGGCGCCAGGAGAAAACGGCUUUGGGUUCACCCUCCGAGGGGAUUCCCCAGUCCUCAUUGCCGGGGUUGUCGCCGGGAGCUGUGCGGCGGAAGCUGGCCUGAAAGAGGGGGACUACAUCGUGUCUGUUGGUGGCAAGGAUUGCAAGUGGGCCAGGCACGCAGAAGUGGUGCAGCUGCUGAAGGUCAUCAGGGAAGAGGGGGUCGAGGUCGGCGUGAUCACGAUGCAGCCCCCCGAUGGGCAGAGCGUGGCGGACAAGAAGCUGUCAGCGAUGUCUUCUUCGGGCACCAGCAGCCCCCUGAAGGGCAACAAGGAGAACCGGCGGAAGAGCCUGCUGCCGGGCAAGGGGGCCAGCACGUUCCUGGCCUGGGGCCGGAAGAGCAAGCGCAGCACGUUUGGACUCCCCUUCGCCGCCAUGGGAGACAACGGUCAGGCCUGCUGA